GGCUCAGAAAUUUUUCUUUCUUUUCCCUCUCUCGUUUAUUGUGUUUGGGAGGAGAAAUUGAAUUUGUGGAAUUUCGGGUGGAUUGUUUUUGUUCAUAUCGUCAGAAUUUUGGAGAAAAUUGAAGUUACGGUGGUUGAUCCGAGGUGUGCUCAUCUUCCUCACUAUGGCCGGCGGUACUAACCAGUUGAUUUCGGUUCAGCCGGACGAACUCCAUUUCCAAUUUGAGCUGGACAGACAAAGCUUCUGUGAUCUUAAAGUUUCGAAUACAACCGAAAACUACGUUGCUUUCAAGGUGAAAACUACGUCUCCUAGGAAGUACUUUGUUCGCCCCAACACCGGGGUUAUACAGCCUUGGGACUCCAGUGUUAUAAGAGUCACCCUUCAAGCUCAGAGAGAGUAUCCUCCAGAUAUGCAAUGCAGAGAUAAAUUCCUACUUCAGAGUACUGUAGUGCCUCCAAAUACUGACGUUGAUGAGCUUCCUGCUGAUACAUUUAACAAGGAUUCUGGUAGAGUUGUAGAAGAGUGCAAGCUUAAGGUUGUCUAUCUCACACCUAACUCGUCAAACCCAGAAGAUGGCUCGAGACGCUUUAUUGACUCUAACAUAGUGAGUUCUUGUCCUAUCUGCAUUUGCUUCCCAUUCAUGCUUUUUCAUGCCAUAAAUGUGAUCUACAGGUUAUAUAGCUUAAUUGAUGUAACGACUGGAGUAUAUGACAAAUUAAAUGUUUUGAAGGUAGUAACUAAAUUACUGUGAAUAGAGAUUAAACUAAAACUUUUUGGAGGGAAACUAUAGUUUCCACAGGUAGCAUCAAGAGUAAGCGAAGAUUGCCGAGCCUGACUCGAUCUAUGAGAGAUCUUUUAUUUAAGAAAAAUGAAAUGAUUGUUGAAGAUGUCACAGAUUAAAUCCAGACUGGUCAGAACAUAUGGGAGUGUGCGAUUGUUAACUAUAACUGAAAGGAAAAUAAGACAACAUAGAACCAUGUGGUGGACCAAUAAUUUGUUGCUUUGGUCUCUUUUGUAAUGUGCUUUGCACUGGACGUAUUGUUGAAUUUGUAUAUGGAUAUUUGUUAACCUUAAGUUUGAUUUAUAGUUAAUGAUUUUUCAUAUAACAUCUUCCUCACUUUCUAGUUGUAACUCUUUACUAAAUGAAUUGCAGAUGCGCCGUACUGCAAGCUUUGAUGAUGUGAGUAUUCAGCUCAUUCUAUUCUUCACUCUGUCGCCAACCAUUUGCUCUGUGCAUUAAGAGAUUGAUGUCUUUAAGCUGUUGAUGAGCCGUACUAGUCUUUGUGGACUGAAUUUAUGGGUGGGAGGGGAGGUGAAGAGAGAGGAAGAGAGUGGAUAAGGGAUUAUACUCGGUGUUGUUUUUAACAAGUUUACUUUUCUUGAGUUAAGUUUAACAAGAGUACUUUCCAUACUUUGGAAAAACGUAGACCUGUUGCAUGUGGGUCAUGACGAUUAAAUCUGCUCUUAUGUUUUUUGGUCUUUUGGUUUUCAAUAUUGUAGCCCUUUCCUUUUUCUGAUGAAUCGUGUUCCCUUUUGAUUUCAGAACCAGGUAUUGCAGCACCUAAAAGAAGAAAGAGAUGCAGCAUUGCGACAAAAACAACAAUUGCAACAGCAACUGGUUAGUCUAUUCUAUCUAAAUUAUUAUGGCAUUUGCUGAUGAUUAACAUUAUAACACACUUGCAUGCCUGUUGGGAUGAUAGGUAUCCCUGUCAAAUACCUAGUAUUGUAGGAUAGAAUCGUGGCGAUAUAUGUUUUAUUUGUCUCUUUUCUGAGUGAGGCAUACUAUUUUAUGGAAAAUGUAGCUGGGCAAAUGGUGUCUAGAGAAGGCAUGAAUUGCUGGGAUCAGUUUAAGCGGAGUUGUUAUGACAGAACAAUUUUGGAUAGCAUCAGCAGUGUAAAUUGGUUUUUAAAUUUGAUGGUACAAAUAUUAGUGAAGGAAGAACACCAGCAGGAAGUUCUCUCCAAAAAAAUGUAUUUUUUUUUUAAUCAAUUCCCCCUGGAACAGACUCAGCAAGACCACAUUAUACUGUUUCAGGAUAUAGGUUAGAGCAUAUCUUGUCUGUAGGAAAUAAUUCUGUGAAGUUACUGUGAAAAGCAUUUUGGACGUGAUGCAUAAGUUAUUAAGGCCUGCUGCAGAUAAGUUAUCCAGAAAUAGCUUUAGGAUCUUACACUAUGGCAAUAAAUGGCAUCUGUUCAGUAUAUGCAUGCUGAUAUUGCCUUAUGCUACUUGCAGUUUAGCUGUUCAGGGUAACUGAAAUGCUCUUAGAACUGUUGAUAUGUUCAGUCAAUUCAUGGCAAAUGAUACUCUGCCAUUUUAUGCAUAUCCCCUUUGAUCACAGAAUCAUGGAACGUCAAUGAAUUACAAUAGACAUAACUGGAACUUCUUUUCUUCAUACACAAACAAAAACCUUUCAUCUUGAUAAGUCAGUGCUUCUAUUACUUGCAGGAAAUCCUGAAAAGAGGAAGAAAUCGGAAAGGUGAUCCAGGCUUUUCCUUAAUGUUUGCCUUUUUUGUGGGAUUGAUUGGCAUGAUGGUUGGCUUUCUCUUCAAGCUGUUAUUUUCCUCACCUUCUUCGGAAUGAUUCUACUCUCUUACAGACUUGUCAGGACACAGAUAUUAUUCACAAUUCAUUGUAAAAUUGAAAUCAGGGUACUAGUGAGUGAGAAAAGGUUGCUUGCGUAGUUUGGUCUUUGCUGUAAAUUGAUCUGUUGGAAUAUUGUCUUUGUUCAGUUGGUUUUAGCAGAUAUGAUUAUCUCGAGCUUGAUUGAUCCUUUCCUGGUACUCUCAAUGUAGUCCCCUUUUUUGUCCUCAUCUGUAGUUCUGUACAGAAAGUGCACUGAUGAAUUACAUGUUGCAUACAACAGAAUAUAUAAAAAGUUAAAAAACUUUUCAACAAAGC